AUGGAGACACAAGACGACAGCAUCGACAUUGCACAGCUGCAACGCGUCGCGCUGGGGCUAGACCUUGCACCAUCCCAACUCCUGCUGGACGAGUUGGAGACGAUCAAUUCUCCUCCUCCUAGGGCCCUUGAUGAUAAUAAUCGCGAAAAUAACCAACCCCCGGACUUUAAUGCGUCGUCCACUAACCCGGAAGUCGUUCGACAAUCGCCGGCCAGGUCGAUUUCUCGAGAAGAGCAUGCUGCUGCACCCUUGAAUGACCGGAAACGGUUGUCCGGGUCUAAAGACGUCCCCGAAAGUCCUCUGCCCGUUGGACAUACCGCGAAGAUGGGUUCCGCAGACGGUGUCCCGUCAGACACUCAGGUCAUUUCGCAGUCGGUGUUUGACGAUAUGAUCAGACAAAACAAGGAUGCAGCUAGAAAUGCGUCCGACAGCAAUAUUGUGGAGCGGGCUACAAUGAUGACUUUGCACGAGGGUGACAGUGGCCAUGUAGAUUUGUUGUCUGGGUUCGAGAACACAUGUCCCGAUAUCAUCGAUGCCGAGGACAAUGAAGACCAAAACAGCUCCAAGUUAGGAGAAUCAUCGCCCAUGCACUACCAACCGAACCUCUUCCCUGAAUCUCAGCGGUUCUUGACAAGCACACCAGCGACAGCCUUCAAAUUAGGCCAGCCCGAGUGUUCCAACUCAGAGACCCCAUGCGUUUCAAAGAAUCCUCUUGCAUCGGACAUUCAAUCAAGCGGUGGGAUCAUGGCACUGAGCCAGGUGUUCAAGGCAACACAGGCUCCGUCGUCUCCAUUGGUUUAUGGUCAGCAGCCCGACCUCAUGUCCGACCGACCUUCUCCAAAUCUCCCCAUUCAAAAUCAUCCGCUAGCCACCGUGCUAUCUUCUCCUCUGAACGCGCUCGCCGCAACCUUUCCGCAAGACCGCUCGGAGACGCCAAUGGCCUACAUCAGCAUGAAAGAGUCUCAGGCAAGACGUGACAGGAAUUUGCAAGAAAGGAUGACGCGUUCCGCGGAGCACAUAUAUGCAGAGGACCAGAGCGACGGCGAGUUUGAGAAGGAACCUAGUUUUGUGGAGCGUAUCAUCCGCCAGAGAACGAUCGAUCAAGAAGCUUCGGCGCAGUUUGCUGGAGUUGCAGCCCCGGCAAGAGCGUCAAGCCGACGGAGAACCGGCGAAGAAACCACUUCUCCAUCCAGCAAGUUGAAGCAACGAGAUCAGGAAGAUGCGCUGAAAUGCCCUACCUCUUGUGCUGACACUCACAAAAUUGAUGCGGCGCUUCAAUCGGGUGCGAUUAGUGAAGCCGAAACUGAACAUGGUGGUGACUUGGCACGAUCUCAACCUACUCAGCAGGCUCCCAGUCUCUCGACCGAUGAAGACAAGGAGAACUUGAACAAUGAUUCGGAAUAUUGUCUUCCUAUUACAGCUUCUGCGCAUGACCGACUUUCUCAGGCACUCUCUCUACAUGACGACUCAUUGGCCCAGGAAGAUAUUCAACUGUCUCGCAGUCCUGACCGAAACGCAAGCGAGCCUAAAGCAAUAUUGGAGACCAUGGUUGUGAAAGAUUCUCAACAAUCUCCUCGGCAAGAAGACCAUGGGCACCACGAUAAGGUUGUCACGAAUAGUCCGUGGCAUCACAGCGAACGGCCUCGUUCCCGGGUGCGAUACCAUGGUGAUCCCUCUGACCGGGAUAGGGUUAUUUCAUCCCCCACAAGGCCUUUAGCAUUGCGCUCGUCUCCGCCUCCCCCAGAGUGUGAACAAGACCAAGUGCUACACCCGGCCCAUCUUAACCGCGCAACGACGCGUAGUCGGUCAAGCUCAGCGAGCUGUCACGAUUCCUCCAGUCAGCUUCCAAGGGAUGCAUCCUCGGGCCAGGAAGUUGCGACAACGCAAUCUAGCCGAAAGACCAAGGGGACCGGACCCAAGGGCGCAACAGUAGAUCCUCGUGAAAAACCCUCCUCCAUGCCCUCUCGCGUGGCUGAAACACCUGUGCCCCAACGUCCGAGGGGCUUCGGUGAUGUAAUCCCAACGACGAGCGUUCCCGAGACUAGUCCUAACACAAUACACAAUCAGAGCUGGGCAGACGAUGUGGAUAAUGACCCUAUGGAUCAAGAGGAUGAUGACCUGCCCCCUGCUUAUCCUACUGAGCAAGGGCGCAUCAGUCACUCUCAACCACUUAUCCCUGAGAGUUCGACCCCAGCUAGACCUUUCCGCACUGCCAAAAUACUCUCGAGCCCAAGCGGGAGACAGCGCAGGGCGCUAACAGAGAUAGCUGCCGAUGCUUCGCCUCAAGCUGGAACUGCUCUCGUCGAUGUUGAUAUUGGCAUUCUCACAGCCGAUGAUAAGGAAUUUAGUUCCGUGGUCUCUGCGUCCCCGAUCCCACCGAGGAAAAAGCGACGUGGAAAUGGGCAGAACGUAUAUGCAUCUGAUCCGAUAUUACCUUUCAAGCCUCAUAUCACUCCUCAGCAUGCUCAAUCUCAAAAUGGCGAGAAGAUCACGGUACAGAGUCUGCAAACUGAUGAGUCCGUGGACAAGUCUGAAUCGAGCUUCCUAAAGAGAUCGAGGUCUUCCAGGCGAAUGGGGACAGUAUGGGAGGUGGAGGAUACCCCUCAAUAUCACGUUUCCCGGAAAGAAAGGUUGAAAAACCUUGCUCGCCCUCAUGCUGAGGCAGACUCAGGGCCUCGCCCAUCGGAACCGGCAGAGGAUAUGAAUGUGCAUGCCGGGGAAAAAGAGGAUCUCUGUCAGGGAAGUCUUGAGGUUCCACAGGACAAAGGAGAGAAAAUGAAGGAUAAGUCCCCAGAGCCAAUGCGCAAUGACGACUGCGAUCUAGCCAGUUCGAUUCACGGAGAUACCUCUCCGAUCGCGCUGAAUCAAGUCAUUGCUCCCUGGAGUGGCCAGAAACGGGCAUAUUAUCCUGCAACUUGUCUCGGCAAGCCACCCGGCAUCUCGCAGUCCCGAGUCUUGGUCAAGUUUGAAGACAGCGUUCCCCUUGAAGUGCCGAUGGGCGCUGUCAAACGACUGGAAUUGAAAAUCGGGGAUGCUGUAAAGGUUGACAUGCCCAAUGUCCCCAAGGUGACACAUAUCAUUCGCGGCUUUGAGGAUAGGGUUAGCGCUGAGGACAUCACAAAGGCUGCCUCUGACGGAGGCCUUCCAAUCACCGAUGUAUACGGGUAUACUACUUUGUUACUCGGACCGAAACAACGCAAGAGCCUUCCGACCGGUGGGCUGACGGGGCCUGACAAUCUCAUCAAGGUUCCCGUAUCGCGGAUCUAUUUGGACACGAUCUUGUGGAAUCAGCUCAAAGGUCGAGCUUUCACCUACAGUUCGGGAGCUGCGCAUUCCGAAAGCAGGCUCCAAACGCCUUCUGACAGGUAUUCCACGCCAGCAUCUCCGGGUUCACGGCUACCGCGAAGCAUUCGCUUGUUGAACGGUAUUUUCGCGGGCAUGGUGUUCGCUGUCUCCUACGGUGAUAAUGACGAAGCCAAAUCUCGUAUCACAAAGAUGAUCCUGGACAAUGAUGGGAGCAUUUUGAAGGACGGCUUCAGUGAGCUCUUUGAGUUGCCUUCGCACGCACCGCUUACGACUCCGACAAAAUCACCAGCGUCAGGUGCGAACUGUGACAAUGGCCAGUUCCGUCUGGCACCUAAUGCUGAAGAAGUGGGAUUCGCUUGCCUCAUCGCCGAUAAGCAUUCUCGCCGCCCGAAGUACAUGCAGGCGCUGGCCUUGAAUAUACCCUGUCUAUCAGACCGCUGGAUUGAGGACUGCGUUGCCCAAAACCGAAUCCUGGAUUGGGAAAUAUAUUUGCUCCCUUCGGGCGAAUCUAUAUAUCUCAAUGGAGCAACGAAAUCAAGGUUCUUGGCUCCGUAUCCGGCUACAACAGCGCGACUACCGGAUACCAUUGCAGCUCGCCCCAACUUACUCAAGGACCAAGUUGAACGUGUGCCUGAUCUCAAGUCGGCGAGAGCAAGCCUGGACCAGCAGGCCGCUGCUGGCACUGGAUGCACCUGGGAUUGGAUCUACGUCGACGGCGAUGAGAUGGCCUCGGCAAAGGCCGCGAUUCUUGGUUCCUCAAUGCCCGGCACACUCAAGUCUCAGUCAUUUAAGGGUACGAAGAAGCGCAAGAGGACCGAGCUGGUUGAGUCUAUCGAUGGCAGCGAUAUAGGCUUAAGUACCAGUGUCAGGAUAGUGGGCAAUGAGUUUGUUUGUCAGAGUCUCAUACUUGGGAGACUGUUCGGGCAGUGA